GCUUUCUUCUUCUUUCUUCUUCUUUCUUCUUUCUUCUUUCUUUCUCUAGCUACCUAUUCUUUAACAUAUCAUAUGCUAUGCUACGCUAUGUCUGAGACACGUUCACAUUCAUCUUCAAACAAAACUAACAUAUGCUUAGCAACAUAUAAAUAAAAUCAAAGCACACAAAGACGAAGCACUAACACCCCUCUUUUGCAACCAUCCAAAAGCCAAAAGGCAUAGAGAAUCGUGUUGGAGAGAGGUGAGAAAAAUGGGAAUCCUACACCCACUGUCCCAAUCUUCACAACGUUAUCUCCUUGUAGCUUUGGCCAUGCCAUAACAUAACCCAACCCCUCUUACUAAAUUCUCACAUCAACCUCUUUUAAGACAUGCCCCCCCACACAAUUAUUUCACUGCCAAAACAACCAAACACACACGUACACACCCCGCAACAACCUCAGUUUUUCCUUUCUUCUCUUUCCAUGAUCUGAACAACACCCCUAUCCUCGCUUUUUCUCACUUUCCACAACCCCUUAUGGCUGCUUGCGCUUUGUUCACUGCUGCCACCAACAUUACCGAAGAUGGCAAUGUUAACAACGCAACUGGAACUGCUGCUGCUGCUGCUAGUCCUCUCACAAGUGCCUCUAACUCCAGCAACAUGAGCAACGACGAACAACACAACAACCUACAUGGCAUCAUUCAUUGCGACAGGAAAAUGGUGAGGAAAAGAAUGGCUUCUGAGAUGGACCAGGUUAACAACGUUCAUGUCACUCCCCCACACAACUCUUCCUCCACCACUGAUUAUCCUAGGUUUCCUCGUCGAAGCGCCGGCACCAACAUGAACAUGUUAGAAAAAGGGUCCACCACCACAGCUACUACGUUAGUAGCCGCAGGUACUUGUAGUAAUAAUAGCAAUACUAAUAAUAAUAAUAAUAACUAUCAUUUUAAUAAUAGUAACCAUAAUAGUAACAGUGGUAGUAUUUCGUCAAGAGAUAACGUUGGCAUCCCAAAUUACCCCACUGUGACCGUCACAACCAACUACUCCACUAUGUUGCUACCUUCUUCCACCACCAUCAAUUCCUCUGGUGUUGCUCCAAACUACAGUGCUCACCAACAACACCAUCAUUUCCAAGGACUCGUUGAAAGUCAAAGCCAGGACCAGCAAAACCCCGUGCCAGCAGUGUGUGGAUUCUCGGGGUUACCACUUUUUCCAUCUCAAAGCCAAAGGAACCGUGACAACAUCAACAAUAGCACCGCCACCAACAACGUAAGAACCAGUGGUGGAAAUAUUGUCGACGUGGUUGCUUCUUCUUCUUCUUCUCCUUCCAUGGACGACACUUCAGCCGCCACAAGUGGUUGGAUCGACGGUAUAUUGAAGGAUCUCAUUCACAGUUCAAACAGUGUUUCGAUUCCCCAGCUUAUCAGCAACGUGAGGGAGAUUAUAUACCCUUGCAACCCCAACCUUGCAACGAUUCUUGAAUACAGGUUGCGUCUUCUCACCGAGUCCACCCCUCAAAACAAAAGAGGCACAGAAGGGGUGCCUCUUCCUCCUUCUGUGUCCUCGGCGAAGCUCAUGAACAAUCGUGUGGAUGGCAUUGUUCCUAAUUUGCACUUCACAGAUGCAUCAGGUGGUCCUGUGGUUGUGAAUCAACACAUGUUGUCCAAUUGGGGUGUGCCUCCAAUCACUCACCACCACGAUAACAACGCCACCAACAACAACGCCAACACCAACACCAACCCUUCGGUUUCUUUGGUUACUUUACCUUCACCGCCGCCACCACCCCAUUAUUCACCGCCACAAGAGAAGCAGCCUCACCCUCAAGAGGAAGAUCUAGCAGCAACCAGCAGUGCUGAGGUGGCACUCACAAGGAAGAAGAAAGAAGAGUUGCGGGAACAGAAGAAAAAAGACGAGGAGGGUCUGCAUCUUCUCACUUUGCUUCUGCAGUGUGCAGAAGCUGUUUCAGCUGAGAAUCUAGAAGACGCCAACAAGAUGUUGCUAGAGAUUUCCCAAUUGUCAACACCGUUUGGCACAUCAGCGCAGCGUGUGGCGGCUUAUUUCUCGGAAGCCAUAUCAGCAAGGUUGGUGAGUUCAUGUUUGGGGAUAUAUGCCACUCUGCCACACACCCAUCAAAGCCACAAGGUGGCAUCGGCAUUCCAAGUGUUCAACGGUAUCAGUCCUUUCGUGAAGUUCUCACAUUUCACGGCAAACCAAGCCAUCCAAGAAGCUUUUGAAAGGGAAGAGAGGGUGCACAUCAUAGAUCUGGACAUAAUGCAAGGGUUGCAGUGGCCUGGUUUGUUCUACAUUCUAGCUUCAAGACCUGGUGGAGCCCCUUAUGUGAGGCUCACUGGGCUUGGUACUUCCAUGGAAGCACUCGAAGCCACGGGUAAACGUUUGUCCGAUUUUGCAAACAAACUUGGCCUUCCCUUCGAGUUCUUUCCGGUGGCUGAGAAAGUCGGGAACCUCGACCCCGAGAGGCUCAACGUCAGCAAAACCGAAGCUGUUGCGGUUCACUGGUUGCAACAUUCCCUCUAUGAUGUCACCGGCUCAGACACCAACACCUUGUGGCUCUUGCAGAGGCUGGCACCUAAAGUGGUGACUGUGGUAGAGCAAGACCUAAGCAACAGUGGUUCAUUCUUGGGGAGGUUUGUGGAAGCCAUACACUACUACUCAGCGUUAUUUGACUCUCUUGGGUCUAGCUAUGGGGAAGAGAGUGAAGAGAGGCAUGUGGUGGAACAGCAACUAUUGUCUAGGGAGAUUCGCAACGUGCUAGCUGUUGGGGGGCCAUCAAGAACUGGGGAACCAAAGUUUCACAAUUGGAGGGAGAAGUUUCAGCAGUGUGGAUUCAGAGGUAUAUCUCUAGCUGGUAAUGCUGCAACUCAAGCUAGUUUACUCCUUGGUAUGUUCCCAUCAGAGGGUUAUACCUUGGUGGAGGACAAUGGCAUCCUUAAACUUGGUUGGAAGGACCUUUGCUUGCUCACUGCUUCAGCUUGGAGACCUCCAUUUCAUAAUGGCACUGCCAUUACACAUCACAACUAGGCUCAUUCUAAUCCUGUGUUACUAUGUAGCAUCCAUCUUAGGUGAUCCCAAAGCAUGUGAUUUUUCUUGCCUAAUGUGUACCACUUCAGCAAUAACAUAAAAAAAAGAAGAAGAUGUAGCUAAAAUAGGAAAGAGUGAUGACCAAAUGGUUGAAGGGGUACCCCACAUAAAGCGAGAAAGUUCUCUUGCUCGGGGAGCACUUGAGAGUUUUUCUGAUAGUAUUUUAUUAAGAGAACUUAUGAGGAUGUUACUAUUAUAUUCUGAUUUUAAUGGUUACCCCCAAUGAGUGAGUUGGUUGGUUUUCGAGUAUUACCUGCACUUUCUACUAAUGUAAAAUUUUGUUACCUCAAAUUGAUCUGACCAUUGUUGGUUGUUCAGUUGGGUUUGUAGCAGUGACUUGAAUGGCUUCUCAACCGCGUGAUAUAGCACGAAGGGAAAGCAUAUUCUAAAUUUGGAUACUAUCAUUUUUCUUUUUUCAA